AACGCAUUAGGAGAGAUGGAUGAACCUCCCCUCUGAAAAACUCUGUGACUCACAGUUUACUGGAAACGAUUUCAUAAAUCCAGAGUGAGUCUGCGCUCGACAGGACGUUCACCGUGGAGCAGCAGGCAGGACACAAACAACGUGCAAACUGUCUCGUUUUACGCGUGAAGAACCCACAGCAUUGUGCACAAACGUUGCGUAAGUGAAACUGAUAUCAGACCAGCUGCAGAUCUGCACCGGAAUCAAGACUUCACUCGAGGGGAGCAAAAGAAAAAGCAACAAGAUUUCAACUCGUCUGGAGAGUUCGGAAAGGAACAAAAUGUCUAAACCUAAUUACUCCGGAACGUUUAAUAUGGUGGAGCAGACUAAUAUGGACGCAUACCUCGGAGCUUUAGAUAUAAAUUUCGCCCUGAGGAAGAUUGUGUGUCUGUUGAGCCCCUCCAAAGAAAUCAGCCAUGACCCGGCCACAGGAGCCAUGAGGAUCCGCACCCUCACCACCUUGAAGAACUUCAACAUGGUUUUCAAUAUCGGAGAAGAGUUCACUGAAGACUUGGGACCGGUGGACGGUCGAACCUGCCAGACCACAGUGAACUGGGACGGAGACAACCUGAUUUGUGUACAGCAAGGCGAGAAAGAAGGACGAGGCUGGACACACUGGCUGGAGGGGGACAAGCUGCAUUUGGAGAUGAGAGUUCAAGGCAUCGUUGCCAAGCAAGUGUUCAAGAAGGCGGAGUGAAGUAACGGCAGAGUGUAUUCUUAAUAGAAUAUAGUUAAAGAUUUGAAUCCUCUUUGUAGUUUCUUUUUAUUAUAAUCAACAUCAUGUUUGAAAUAUCACAAUAAGACUCAAUAUCUGUGAAAACACUGAUUUGUAUGUCCAAAUUGUCUCCGUCUGGUAGAACUCACUGAGAAGACAGCAGCGGAGCAGAAGGACUUGUAAACGUUCCCCACAUACUUCCUCAUAUUGCACUAUAUCUUCACAAUGUUAUAAACAAAUCAUACAUC